AUGGUUUCAUUAAGAUCAUUCUCACCUCUGGCCUUUCGCUCCUGCAGGAACCAAGCAUGUACAAUUCUCUCUCCUCUAAGAAGUACACUGGGAAGUCCGGGCCGCAACUAUGAAGUUGAACGGGUUCUUCAAGAAGAAAAAUCUCCCAUACGACAUAUUUAUCUUGCUCGCUCUGAAAACCAACAAUAUAUUCUAAAGUACAUCCACUCUGUUAAUUACCAGGACCUCGAAGACAUAAACAACCGGCUACGCAACACCAAACACGUCCGUCUUCUCCAAGAUACCAUCCCCGAGAAGUCCAUGUUUGUAUUUGACUACUUCAAAGACCAUCUUCUGCACCUUGCCCAGAAAGACCUACCCAUCGACACAACAAAAAGGAUACUCAAAGAUGCUCUGCGCGGUCUCGCAGAGCUCCACGAUCAAGAUAUUGUCCACACGGAUAUCAAAGCCAAUAACAUCUUCAUUGACUGGGAAGAAGACCAAAAUGGGAUCUCUGUCCGCAAAGUCAAAAUCGGAGAUCUUGAAGAUGCCGCGCAUAUCCCUGCUGGGUCGGAUAUGAUCGGUAAACAGGCGGGUAACUGGAUGUGGAGGAGUCCUGAAGCCCACGCAUCGGGACCAAUAAAUAAGCCAUCUGAUAUAUUUUCAUUUGCCCUUGUUUGUAUUUGGGCCGUGUAUAAGCACGUUAUCUUUGCCGUUGGGGACGACGAGUUAGAAGAAGGCGUGCAUCCAUUAUCGAUUGUCAUUGAGCGCCAGAUCUCGUAUUUUGCCGAUGCGGAUGGGAUGGAUGCUUUUCUGAGGUACCUUAGAGAGGAUAACCCCUGGGUUCGCGUCUUCGAGGUGGUUCGGGAUGGGUUUGGGGAAGAUAAUCCGCGUCGGCCGUUUGCUCUCUGGAAGGGCAUUGAUGAAGACUUUAAAAAUCUCAUAUGUGCUAUGACGAGGUUCGAUCCAGAGAAACGGAUCACUGCUCGUGAAGCGUUGGCUCACAGGUGGUUUGAGGGUGUUUAGGUGGGUGGUAAGC